ACAAGCAAAAUAAAAAAGAACAAAGAAAAUUGCAAUGUCUUGUACGCUUCUUCGCUAGUCGCUACAUACAAAGUCACAGAUACCCUCCGCUGUUUCUCUUUUUUUUUUUCCCUCUCUUUCUUUCAUUUUCCCUCUCCUAAAGUCCUUAGAUCUCUUUAACACGUCUUCAAACACCAAAUUUUCUCGAGAAAAUUUUUAGUUUUUUUCUCGGGGAUCAGAAAACGAUGUCGGACGCUUUGAUUAAUGGACUAGCUGGAGCCGGUGGAGGGAUCAUAGCUCAAAUCAUCACAUAUCCUCUUCAAACUGUAAAUGCUCGUCAACAAACAGAGCGUGAUCUCAAGAAAGAGAAACGGAAAGUCGGCGCCAUUGAACAAAUGUGCCAGGUUGUAAAACAAGAAGGAUGGGAACGGUUAUAUGGAGGCUUAACUCCUUCUUUAGUUGGUACAGCUGCUUCUCAGGGUGUUUAUUAUUAUUUCUAUCAAAUAUUCAGGAACAAAGCUGAAACCGCAGCACUUCAAAGCCAGAAAAAAGGGAUUGGUGAUGGAUCAGUUGGGAUGCUUUCUUCACUUGUUGUAGCAGCUUUAUCUGGGUGCGUAAAUGUUCUGUUGACAAAUCCUAUUUGGGUAGUUGUGACACGCAUGCAGACUCACACAAAAAUCUCUAAGAAAGACCAUUCUAAUAGGUUGGCAACGACUGCUCCAGAGGAAACAGCUCUUCCGGUCAUUGAGCCUCUUUCUUAUGGAACGAGCCAUGUGAUUCAAGAAGUCUAUGAUGAAGCUGGAUUAUUUGGUUUCUGGAAAGGUGUAUUCCCAACACUGAUAAUGGUGAGCAAUCCGUCUAUACAAUUUAUGCUGUAUGAAACGAUGUUGAAGAAGUUGAAGAAAAGACGAGCUCUUAGUAAGCAGGGCAACAAUGGAGUAACUGCUUUGGAGAUAUUUCUUCUUGGAGCUUUGGCCAAACUCGGAGCUACUGUUGUGACAUAUCCUCUUCUCGUUGUAAAGUCAAGGCUUCAAGCUAAACAGGUUACAACCGGGGACAAACGGCAUCAUUACAAAGGGACUCUGGAUGCUAUUCUAAAGAUGAUCCGAUACGAAGGUUUCGCCGGUUUUUACAAAGGUAUGAACACGAAAAUCAUACAAAGCGUUCUCGCAGCUGCCGUGUUGUUCAUGGUUAAAGAGGAACUUGUCAAGGGUGUUCGAUUAUUGCUUAUUAAAGACGGCAUUAAUACCAUGAAACCAAAGCCUCUUUAGUGAAAAACUAGUAUGCUUCUUCCCCUACUCAUCCUCUAUUUAUUUUCAACAAUUUGUUGUUUGGUCAAAAUAUUAAAUUCGAACUAUAGCAUAUAUUUAAAUAUAUAUAUAUUAUAAACAUUAUUUCUCCUUGAAAUAAACCUGUAAUAUUUGAAUGGAAUUUGGAAAUCCCAAGAUUUAAUUUGUGUUCAAA